CCCUGGAACCCGCUGCAGUGCGCAAGCGCGCAACAUCUCCGUUUCCCUCCCUUCAGCCCCUUCAACCCCCACCCCCCCCCUUUCCCCUUCAAGAAGCCGGCUCCGGGGCGCGCUCUCCCCUGUGAGAAGGCCAGAGGCCGGACACUGGAGGCGCUGUCUCCGCUCCCGUUAGAUCAUGUACCAGCCCAGCCGAGGGGCGGCCCGGCGUCUCGGCCCCUGCCUCCGCACGUACCAGGCUCGCCCCCAGGACCAGCUUUCUCCACGGGCUCUACCAUUCCCACCCCUUUGGCCCCCCUCCACAACAACUACUUCUCCAUCUUAUCUUCUCUGGUCUCCCCCACCCCCACCCAUCUGGCUGCUGCCUCCAGCUCCCCCACUACCUCUCCCUCAGAUCCAGGCCCUCAGCUCACCAUGGGUGGUUCUCCCUCCAGGAAAGGGGGAGGAGGGGCCAGGACCUGAGAUGCAUAGCGGCUGCCUGGAUGGGCUUAGGAGCCUAUUUGAGGGACCUCCCUGCCCCUGUCCUGGGGCUUUGAUACCUUUCCAAGCCCCUGGGACCUGCUGCCCUUCCCCUGCCACUCCACCAGGAGAUCCGAGUAUGGAGGAACACCUGGCUGUCAUGUAUGAGAGACUGAGACAAGAGCUUCCCAAUCUCUUCCUUCACUCCCACGACUAUACUCUCUACUCAUCGGAUGUGGAAUUCAUCAAUGAGAUCCUGAACAUCCGUACCAAGGGCCGGACAUGGUACAUUCUGUCACUGACCCUCUGCCGCUUCCUGGCCUGGAACUAUUUUGCACAGCUUCGGUUGGAGGUUCUACAGCUGACCCGCCACCCAGAGAACUGGACUCUGCAAGCCCGCUGGCGGCUUGUGGGGCUGCCCAUCCACAUGCUCUUUCUGCGUUUCUACAAGCGUGACAAGGAAGAGCUUUAUCGGACCUAUGAUGCCUAUUCCACCUUCUACCUGAAUUCCAGCGGCCUCAUUUGUCGCCAUCGCCUAGACAAACUGAUGCCUUCACACUCGGCCCCAACGCCUGUGAAGAAGCUGCUAGUGGGAGCCCUGGUGGCUCUGGGACUGUCAGAGCCAGAACCCAACUUACACUUGUGUUCCAAGACCUGAUCCAGGAACUGGGAUGAAGGCAGCACUGAAGACUUCGCUAUAUACGCACAAGAGGAAGAGGUGGGGGCGGAGGCCGAGAAUCUCAGGAGCCAGCUUCCUCCCCUCUUUAUUCUCCUUUUUUUGCCAUCUCAUGCUGUGUAAAGCUGCUGUGUAAUUUAACUUGUAAAUAAUAAAGUCUAAGUGAAUAUA